CUGUCAAUAUCAAAUCGAAUCAUAAAAUUCGUAAAGCAAAAAGUUAGGCACGUUUAAAUUUAUAUUUUAAAAUUGAUUAUUUCCAUCACCAACACGUUUUCAUAAAUUGUGGCCCUUACUCGGGAAGAAGAUAUGGCAGGUUACUUCGAAGAAAUGGGAUGGAGAGAGUUAGGAGAAGGAGAGGAACCAAAUCACCUACUGCAUAUGGCAAGAUUCCUCGUAGACUUUGGGCUAUAUGAGGACAAUUUCACUGGAGAGUGGCCGAGACUUCCUCCACCAGCUGCAAAGGAAGCUGUGGACAACCUGCCAGAAAUUACAAAAGAUGAUUCUACAAAGGAUUGUCCGAUAUGCUUAAAGAAGUUUAAUCCGGGAAAGAAGUUGAAACAAAUGCCAUGUAAACAUAUUUUCCACAGUACUUGCAUUUUGACCUGGCUAGCUAAAACAAAUUCAUGUCCAUUUUGCCGAUUUGAGCUACCUACAGACCACACCGGAUAUGAAGCAUUUAAAAAAGAAAAAAAGAGAGCAGAGCAGCGAAAAGAAGACCUUGACACUCUUCAUAACUCAAUGUUUAGUUGAUUUCAUCAUAAAAUAAUAAGUAGGUAACUUGGAUAACAUGCAAAUGAAAACAUUGCCUACUGGCUCAAUCUGGGUAUUAAAUUUUUUACCAGAAGUAAGAGAUAUAAACCAUUAAUAAACAAUUAUACAUAUUGGGAUAUGGAAGUAGUGAUGUCUUGAUUAGAUGAAUUGAUAUUUUAAAGGUUAUGGAUUAAUUUAUGAUAAUAAUUAGUAUAAUUACAGUUCAGAUGGGAAUAAAUUUUAAUCAUAUCAGUCUAUUGACAAUGAAGUGUAUUUAGAUCACAUCACAGCUUCAAAAAAUUGUACAAUAAGAUGUAUCAUUUUUUUAAUUUAAUAAAAUAGGAUAUGUUUAAA